AUGUCCGACGACGAUUUCACCACAAAUAAUUGGGUGUGGGUUCCAGACAAGGACGAGGUAUUUGUUCGGGGCUACAUCUCCGAAUAUCUUGAAAAUGGCUUGGUGAAAGUCACCGUGAAAAACGGAGCUCAAGAAGUUGUUAAGGAAGUUGACCAGAAGGUUUUGGAGAACUGUAAUCCUUCCAAAUUUAACAAAUGUAAUGACAUGGCUGAACUCACGCAUCUCAAUGAGCCAUCUGUCAUCUACAACUUGUUUUUGCGCUACAAUGACGAUAUGAUCUACACGUAUUCGGGUCUUUUUUUGGUUGCUAUAAAUCCAUACAAAAAGUUGCCCAUCUACGAAUCAGCGGUGCUAAACAAGUUCCAUGUGGAGCUGCUGGACGAGCGCUUGCCGCCACAUAUCUUUGCCAUAGCAGAAAACACCUACCGGAACUUGGUGGCCAACAAAAAGGACCAGUCCAUUUUGGUGACGGGAGAAAGUGGAGCAGGUAAGACAGAAAACACCAAAAAAAUCAUCCAAUACUUAUCUUCGAUUUCCACCAGUGCAGACCAUCACGAUAUUCAUGAGAAGAUCUUGCGGGCAAACCCGAUUUUGGAAGCAUUUGGAAAUGCCAAAACUAUCAAAAAUAACAAUUCUUCCAGAUUCGGAAAGUUUAUCAAGAUCUUUUUUGAGAGCAAAGGAUUGAUAAGUGGCGCCAUGAUUGAGUAUUAUUUGUUGGAAAAGUCAAGGGUGCUGCACCAACUGAAGGAUGAACGGAACUAUCAUGCAUUCUACCAGCUUCUUAAAGGCAUGGACGAGAAUGACCUAAAAGAGAAGUACAACUUGACACAAAACAUCCAAGACUACAAGUAUUUGAGCAUGUCGAACGGCACAGUCCCGCAAAUGGACGAUACACGAGAGUUCCGUGUCCUUCGCGAGGCAUUCGAGAUUAUGGAGUUCACUGAAACCGAAGUGGAGAGCAUUUUCACGUGUUUGGCGCUGAUUCUCCACCUAGGAAACGUUGACUUUAUGUCCUGGAAGUCUGAGCAGGCGAACUUUUCAGCAGAUUCAAGAAUCGACUUGAUUGCUAAGAUGCUUGGUGUGGAUGAAGACAAAUUGUCCAGGAACCUUCUUCGUCCUAAAGUAAAGGCAGGAAGAGAAUUUGUUCAGAAGCUGCAGAGGGCCGCUGACGUGAAGAAUACUAUUGACGCCUUUGCCAAACACUUGUAUGAAAGGAUCUUUCAAUUCAUUAUCUCGCGGAUCAACAAGAGUCUUCUUGCGGAAGAGACCACUGGUGAGAACUUUAUUGGUGUUUUAGACAUUGCAGGAUUUGAAAUUUUUGACAUCAAUUCGUUUGAGCAGUUAUGCAUCAAUUAUACCAACGAGAAGUUGCAACAGUUUUUCAAUCACCACUCAUUUAUCCUAGAACAGAGUGAAUAUCUCAGAGAAGAUAUCCAGUGGGAGUUCAUUGAUUUCGGAUUGGACUUACAGCCCACAAUAGACUUGAUCGAAACAAAACGGCCCAUGGGUGUUUUGGAGAUCUUGAAUGAGCAGUGUAUAUUGCCAAAGGCAUCUGAGGAGACAUUCAUGAACAAGUUGCUCGAAACUUGGGGAAAUGGCGAAAGCAAGACUUUCCGCCCAAACAAGGUUCGUUCAGGAUUCAUCAUUGAUCAUUAUGCUGGGUUGGUGGAGUACAACAUUGAAAACUGGCUCCUGAAGAAUACCGACCCUGUCAGCAACAAUAUAUUGGAACUAUUACAGGAUUCCUCUGUACAAUUCAUCCGUGACUUAAUUUCCGAUGAUGAUCAUUUAGUUCCAAAGCUGGGAAAGACUCCUAAACUCAAGACGGUCUCCCAGAAGCACAAAGAGCAGUUAUCUUAUUUGAUGCUGCAGCUUGAAAGCACAGAGCCUCACUUCGUGAGAUGUAUUUUGCCCAACUUGUCUAAGCGCCCUAACAAAUUUGAUAAAGAAUUAGUCCUUCAUCAACUUCGAUGCAACGGUGUGUUAGAGGGUAUUAGAAUUGCCAGAGCAGGAUACCCCAAUAAGAUGACAUUUGAGGAAUUCUUCAAUAGAUAUUCAAUCCUCAAUUCCAGCGAAGUCGUUUUCACGAAAAACAUGAAAACGAAUAGUGAAAUCAUUCUCAAGCAUAUCCAGUUGGAUCCAGAAGUUUACAAGAUCGGUAUUACUAAAUUGUUUUUCAAGAAUGGCAUUCUCGGAAAGCUUGAAGAACUUCGUGACGCAGGUUUGAAGAAUGCUUUCACAUCCUUCCAAAGCAUGGUAAGAGGCCAGCUCGCAAGAAAGAGAAUAGAGAAACAAAUUGCGGUCAUUAGAGCAUCUCAAGUUCUUGCAAGAAAUUUUGAGAAGUUAGAUAAGCUUGUCAAUAAGGGUGAAAGUCCAUGGCUUAAGUUAUUCUUGGGCUUGAAACCAAUGCUUGAAGAAUCUGUCAAAGUCUUAGAUUCCAACGAGAUGAACGAAAGCUUAAAGAAAAUUAAUGGAAAGCUCAAAGAGACCGAAAAUGCUAAGGUUGCACUCAAGUCCGAAAACGACUCUUUGAAGGAGAGGUUGACGAGUUUGGAAGAUGAAAUAAUUAAAGCGAAUACGCAAGUGUCCGAAAAAGCAGAUAGGUUGAUGGUUUUGGAAAGAGAUCAAUCAUCCAAGAGUGCCAAGGUGGAGGAAGUUUCCAGACAGCUUACUGAGAUUAAAGCUGUGAAUGAAAAACUUGGGAAGGAGAGGGCAGAACUCACCUCUAAACUUGAAGAAUCGAAAAGCAAAAUUGAGAUGAUGGAUGAGCAAUUCAAGAAAUUGAACUCUGAACUCGAAACAAACAAACAAGCCGCAGAUAGCCUUCAAAAGGAUAUCAGGGAGUUGAAACAGGUUAAAAACGAGCACGAGGAGGCAAAAAUCAAAAUUGCUGACCUUGAAAAGGAAGCUACAUCCCUAAGGGCAUCGGUUGCUGAGAAGAGCAAUGUGUCUCAGUCCCAAAUCGAUAAGCUCGAGCUCAAACUCAAAGAAUUCACCAGCAUUUCCAUUGCCUAUGAUGAAUCCAGAAAGUCCGUUGCAGAUCUUCAGGAGCAACAUUCUGAUAUUUCAAAGAAACUUAAAGAAUCACAGUACGAAACUGACAAAUACAAGUCUGCCCAUGAAGAUCAUUUGUCACAAAUUGCGGAUUUGAACACUCAAAAGACAGCACACGAGCAGAAGUCAACCGAAUUAGCCAGUCAAAUCAACCAAUUAAAGGCAGACUUCGAGAAGAAGAUCGAUCGUUUACAAAAUGAGUCCUCAGAGCUUACAAAGUUGAAAGCUCAGUUGACAAAAACGAUUGAAAAAGUCGAAUAUUUGGAAGGUGAAUUACGGGAGAAAAAAUCUGGAUACAUCGACCUUUCAAGGCGUCAUCUGGAGCUUGAACGCAAGUACGAGGUUCUCAAUGUUCAACUCGAGGAGUCGAAGUCCUUAGAGAAGAUGCUUUUGGAGGAGAAAAAUAAAAACUCACAGUUGCUUGAACAAAUUGAAGGAGAAAAAAGCAAACUCUCACAGAAAGUCAAAGAGUACGCUUCACUUGAACGAUCUUUAGAGAACUUGAAGCAUGAAACUCAAUAUUUGUCUCGAGCCAAGACAGAGUACCUGGAACAGAUCACAAAGUUGAAAGAAGACGUCCUUACUUUGCAAGAAAAGCUUCACGACAAGGAGAAUAGACCCCCAGCAGAAUAUCGUAUGGAUCCAAAGACAAUGGAAGAAUUUGCUAAUCUUAAGUUGAAGCUUAAUGAAUCGAAUGCUGCCGUUAGGCGGGAAAAGUUCGAAAACCAAAAGCUUUCUCAAGAGGUGAAUCUUUUGAGAAAAAAAGUGGAUGAUACAUUUGAGAGUCCUCUGAAACGCAGUGAGCUCAGGCGGUCAUUGGCAUGUAGUGAGGAUCUUAAGUUCAUGCAAGUGAACGAGUCCAGAUAUGCAAUUGAAAUCAAAAACUUGACCGGUCGUUUGCAGCAAGAGGAAGCAAAUGUAUCAAGAGCUGAAAACUAUGCCAUAGAACUACAAAAGAAGCUCAACAAGCUUCAAAUGUCUAGAGGAAUCAAUGGUUUCACUGACUAUGAAUCGAAAUUCAAGGAUGCCCAGCAUCAAAUUGCAGACCUUGAAAAGAAGCUUGGAAAUGCUUUGGAUGUGUCAGGCUCAUCUCUGACACCUGAUACCGUCUCUCGGAGCUCAAGUAUUGGCACUAUUAAUUCGUACACGGGGUCAGGGGACUUUGCGAAAAUAUACAAGGACAUAACCAAAACUCUCAAGGUGACGAGGGAAGAGUUGAAUGUGUCGAAGGGAGAAGUGUUGAGACUAAAGUCUUUAUUGCGAGAUAGCGAAGACGAGCUCUAUGAACUUAAAAAGUCCAACGUUAAAACGUCUAUCAGUGACUAUGAACGCGAGUUGGCUCGAGUCAAUGUCAAUAAUGAAACUUUGACCAAAAAGCAGGAGGAACUCCAACAAGCAGUGAAGAAAUACAAGAACAGAAGUGAGGAGUAUUAUGCCAAACUCGAGCUAGCAGAGUCGGCUGUUUCAAUCAGUAAAAGACACGAGCAGCAGUACCGCAAGGAGUUGGAAGAGAAGACCACUGAAUUAAUGCUUGUGAAGGAGGAAAUCCGUGCAAGUGAGAAAGUCAUCAAGCAGUUACGAAUGGACAAAAAUAGCUUGGAUGGGCAGUUGGCUGAACAGCGCCAUAAAGCGGAACAGUUAACCAACCAGAUCAAGAGUUCCGAAGAGCAAUUACGUUACUUGAAUGACAAUUACAGCGAGCGCAAGAACACCAUCCACGAAUAUAAGGAGGAAAUUAGAACACUUCACCAGGACCUCAAGUUCAAGUUAGAGAAGGAGACAGAGAUCAUCAAAGAGAACAAGAAGAUCAAGAUCGAGAAUGAGGAAUUAUCCCGUGUGAAGAAGGAUGUUCUUGCAGAAAAUGAGGAAGUUAACGAGGAGAACGAGAAACUCUUGAAGCAAAACGAAUCCUUGACGACCCAAGUUGAGCUGUUGAAGAACACCAAGCAAGUGAACGAACGGAAACUUGAGCAAAGCAACAAACAGAUAGAAGCAUUAAAGGAGCUCAUUGAAGAGAAUGGACGCCAAAUUGAAAGAAUCAAUAUUCUCAAUGGUAAUCUCGAAAGCACUAAAACUCGAUUGGAGACGACACUUGCCGAUGUUGAGGAUCAGCUCAAGGAGUGCAACUUGAACUUAAGUUUGGUUCGCGGACACAACGAAACGUUAGAAUCAGACAAGCAACAAUUGAAGGAAGAGCUUGAGGUGGUUCGUCUGAAGUGGGACACAAGUGAUGGCCAAUACAAGACUGCUCGGACAGAUAACUUGGUAAUUGUGCAAGAGAAUGAGACGUUGAAGAAUGUCAAUCAAGAGCUCAAGAAGAAGGUUGGAGAGUUGGAAGAGAAGCUUUAUUCCAAUGAACAGCUCAAAUAUUUGGAGGAUAACAUCAGUAAGCUUAAUGGCGAGGUGGACAAGUUGAAGCAAGAAAUCUUCGACCAUGAAUCACGCGAGCAGACACUUGCUAAGCAAGUGAAGGGUCUUGAGUAUGAUAAUAACAUCAAAAAUACGCAAAUGAAGCGGUACAAUGACGAAAACUUCAACUACCAGAAUAUGAUUGGUCAGUACAAGAGCAAGGUGGAGUUUCUUCAUCAAGAGAACAGUGAGAAGGACUUGAAGAUCAAGGCUCAGGAGCGGGAACUUUCGGAAAUUCGAGAGAAGCUUCUCGUAUUUGAGAAGGAUUCGCUCACUACGCAUUUCUAG